AUGUAUAUUAUAAACAAUGUUCAAGAAUAAAUAAUCAAUUGUUAUAAGAAGUGGUAGGGCAUGGCUACUUAGAAACAUUCUCUGAAAAACUUGUGUAUGAAGGCUAAAGUGGAAAUCACUUAAAUUGCUAGACAAAUAAUCUUAACAAUUCUAAUAGCAUAAAUUUAAUUAGAAUCCAAUCAAAGUUGUCCAAUUUGUUUAAAUGAAGAUAUUAUAUUUAAUGGAAUUCAAUCAGAAUAAUGUAAACAUACAUUUUGCAUUCAAUGCAUCAAUAUUUAUUGGCAACAUAAUUAAAAAAAAUAAUUAAAAUGUCCAUGUUGCAGAGCUAAAAUAAGCACAUUUGCUAAAUCAAAAAAAUUAUAAAAUGAAUUUUAAUAAGAAUGUGAUUAAUUUAUAUUAGAAUACAGAGUUAGAUGCACAGUUUUAAAAUAUAAUCUCAUUUAUGUAAAUUUUAUAAUACAUAAUUUAGCCAUUUUAGAUAAUUGUAAAUAUCUACAAACAUUUAGGUUAACUAUUUAAUCUAUGUAAAAUUUUACUAAAAUUAUCUCUUUAAUUAUAACUUGUUCUAUGUUUUAUAUUGUGUAUUUAUGUAUUGUCACCUAUUGACUUAUUUCCAGAAGCAAUAUUUGGAGUUUUAGGAUUAGUAGAUGAUCUCUUGUGCAUAAUAUUUAUAAUUUGGAUACUAAUUACUCAAAUUAUGAUUAGAAUUUUUUGUUGA